AUGAUGCCGUGUGCAAACGGUAUGCUCACUUCCCGACGGCUCAUCUGGGCCGUGGUCAGCCUGAGCCUAGCCUCUUUUGGUACAGGUUUGGCGGCAGACGCCUCGGAAGGGUCGCAUUGGCCGGCCCACUUGUCGGCCUGGCUGACGAGCCCCUCGUCCGGACCGGCCGGCCGUCAGCUCGAGUCAGCGGCAGUCCGAGCCUCUCCGCUGCAGCCACUCAGCGCGGCUGCAAGCAGAGCCUCGAGCCAACCGGGACUCGAGCGUGUCCAUGAUUCCGACCUGAGGCCCCGGCGGCGACAUGUGAUGACGCAGUCGGCAGCAGACGCGGCUGUCGAGAGGCGGUGGGCCAGAGUCCCGACGACUGUGCUACACCAUUCCGACCUGGACCGGGAACAGGCGGACGCCGAGGCGGUCUCUGUGGAGCCUACGGCCUCAACAGCCCCGUCCUCCCCCUCCCACUCCGCCUCUUCUUCAUCCUCCUCUUCCCCAUCUUCGACUGUAUCUUCUUCGUCUGCCUCUGCCUCGUCGUUGCCGCCCGCCUCGCGAAGUACCAGUUCUGGCUACAGUCUAUUGUCGGGCGGGGCGUCACGACCCGAGCCGCUAAUCGUGUACAGAGGCUUCUCGACACCUCUUCUUUAUGCUCAUCUGCCCAUUCAAGAGCGCGUCCGCAAGGGGGCACUCUGCAGAGUUGAGGUGGAGGAAAAUCAACCGUUGAAGUCAACGGUUGGCCAUUUGGAGCCAAAGGUAGAUUUGCCAGUCUUUGUGUGUCUUUGUGUGACUCUGGCUACGUGGGACCAAAUGUUCCCCUUCCUGGAAAGUUGGAUAAAAGUCAAGAGGUGA